CGCGGGGCGGAGCCGCGCCGUGUUUGGGGGCGGAGGGGCCUCUCCCCACGUCCCGGCGGCUCCCGCCCCCGCCGCGCACAAAAUGGAGCAGGGCCCCGCGGCCGUAUGUGGCCGCUCGGACGGCGAAGUGCCCUCCACCUCGGCGGCCUCCGCGCAGGAGCCCGGCGCCGAGGAGAAAAAUGAUCCUCCAUUUCAACUCAAACUUCCUCCAAAGGCAGCCAGGCCUGAAAAAGAAGUUGACCCAGAAUAUGAAGAGAAGAUGAAAGCAGAUCGUGCAAAAAGAUUUGAAUUCCUCCUGAAGCAGACCGAACUCUUUGCUCAUUUUAUCCAGCCUGCAGCACAAAAAUCACCAACAUCUCCGUUAAAAGUCAAGCUGGGACGUCCACGGAUAAAGAAGGAUGAAAAGCAGAGUUUGAUCUCAGCUGGGGAUUAUCGUCACAGGCGCACAGAACAAGAAGAAGAUGAAGAACUGUUAUCAGAAAGUCGAAAAACAUCUAACGUGUGUAUUCGAUUUGAGGAGUCUCCUUCGUAUGUGAAAGGAGGAACGCUACGAGAUUAUCAAGUCAGAGGUUUGAACUGGAUGAUCUCAUUGUAUGAAAAUGGUGUCAAUGGCAUUCUGGCAGAUGAAAUGGGUCUUGGUAAGACUCUGCAAACGAUAGCAUUAUUGGGCUAUCUGAAGCAUUACCGAAACAUUCCUGGGCCACAUAUGGUCCUGGUUCCAAAAUCAACUCUGCACAACUGGAUGAAUGAAUUUAAACGCUGGGUUCCUUCAUUACGUGCUGUUUGCCUUAUUGGAGAUAAAGAUGCCAGAGCUGCUUUUAUCCGUGAUGUUAUGAUGCCUGGUGAAUGGGAUGUUUGUGUUACAUCAUAUGAAAUGGUCAUAAAAGAGAAAUCAGUCUUCAAGAAAUUUAACUGGAGGUACCUGGUAAUUGAUGAAGCACACAGAAUAAAAAAUGAGAAGUCCAAGCUGUCAGAGAUUGUCCGGGAGUUCAAGACCACAAACAGACUGCUGCUUACAGGGACUCCUUUGCAGAAUAACCUCCACGAACUGUGGGCAUUGCUUAAUUUUCUUUUACCUGAUGUCUUUAAUUCUGCAGAUGAUUUUGACUCAUGGUUUGAUACCAAAAAUUGUCUUGGUGAUCAGAAACUUGUAGAAAGACUUCAUGCUGUUUUGAAGCCAUUUUUACUGCGUCGCAUAAAGGCUGAAGUAGAAAAGAGUUUGCCUCCAAAGAAAGAAGUAAAAAUUUAUCUUGGACUCAGCAAAAUGCAGAGGGAAUGGUAUACAAGGAUCUUGAUGAAAGAUAUUGAUAUCCUAAAUUCAGCUGGGAAAAUGGAUAAGAUGCGUCUGCUGAACAUCCUGAUGCAGUUGCGGAAAUGCUGUAACCAUCCUUACCUGUUUGAUGGUGCUGAGCCUGGCCCUCCUUACACCACUGACACACAUCUCAUCACUAACAGCGGAAAAAUGCUAGUUCUGGAUAAACUGCUGGCAAAACUCAGAGAGCAAGGUUCCAGAGUGCUACUCUUCAGCCAGAUGACUCGUUUGUUGGAUAUUUUGGAGGACUAUUGCAUGUGGCGUGGGUACGAGUACUGCCGACUUGAUGGGCAGACACCACAUGAGGAAAGAGAGGAAGCAAUAGAUACAUUUAAUGCUCCCAACAGCAGUAAAUUCAUUUUCAUGCUGAGUACCAGAGCCGGGGGUCUAGGAAUUAAUUUGGCAACUGCUGAUGUGGUUAUUCUCUAUGAUUCAGAUUGGAACCCUCAAGUAGAUCUGCAAGCCAUGGAUCGUGCGCAUCGUAUUGGUCAAAAGAAACCAGUACGGGUGUUCCGACUAAUCACUGAUAAUACUGUUGAAGAGAGGAUUGUAGAAAGAGCUGAAAUAAAACUGAGGCUGGACUCUAUAGUUAUACAACAAGGGAGGCUCAUAGACCAGCAAUCCAACAAACUGGCAAAAGAUGAAAUGCUGCAAAUGAUCCGGCAUGGAGCUACACAUGUCUUUGCUUCCAAAGACAGCGAGCUGACAGAAGAAGACAUAACCACUAUUUUAGAAAGGGGAGAAAAGAAGACAGCUGAAAUGAAUGAACGAUUGCAGAAAAUGGGGGAGAGCUCUUUAAGAAAUUUCACUAUGGACACGGAGAUGAGCUUAUACAACUUUGAAGGUGAAGAUUAUAGAGAAAAACAAAAGUUGAGCAUGAUGGAAUGGAUAGAGCCUCCCAAACGAGAACGCAAGGCUAAUUACGCAGUUGAUGCGUAUUUCAGAGAAGCUCUACGUGUUAGUGAACCAAAAGUCCCCAAGGCUCCACGACCUCCAAAACAGCCGAAUAUUCAGGAUUUCCAGUUUUUUCCGCCACGGUUAUUUGAACUUCUGGAAAAAGAAAUUCUGUACUAUCGUAAGACGAUAGGAUAUAAGGUUCCCAGGAAUCCUGACCUCCCCAAUGCAGCUCAGGUGCAAAAAGAAGAACAAAAGAAGAUAGAUGAGUCUAUGCCUCUGAAUCCUGAAGAAACUGAAGAGAAAGAAAAGCUACUAACGCAGGGUUUUACAAACUGGAAUAAGAGAGACUUUAAUCAGUUUAUUAAAGCUAAUGAGAAAUAUGGUCGUGAUGAUAUAGAUAAUAUUGCUCGUGAGGUGGAGGGAAAGUCGCCUGAGGAGGUCAUUGAGUAUUCAGCUGUUUUCUGGGAACGUUGCAAUGAACUGCAGGACAUCGAGAGAAUUAUGGCUCAAAUUGAACGAGGAGAGGCAAGAAUUCAACGGAGAAUCAGUAUCAAGAAAGCCCUUGAUGCCAAAAUUGCGAGGUAUAAGGCACCUUUCCAUCAGUUGCGUAUUCAGUAUGGGACAAACAAAGGAAAAAAUUACACAGAGGAAGAAGACAGAUUUCUGAUCUGCAUGUUGCACAAGAUGGGUUUUGACAAAGAAAACGUGUACGAGGAGCUAAGGCAAUGUGUGCGCAACGCUCCUCAGUUCAGAUUUGACUGGUUUAUCAAAUCCAGAACUGCAAUGGAGUUUCAGAGGCGCUGCAAUACUCUCAUAUCUUUAAUAGAAAAAGAAAAUAUGGAAAUUGAGGAAAAAGAAAGAGCUGAAAAGAAGAAAAGAGGAGCAAAAGUCACAGCAUCACAGAAGAGAAAAGCAGAUCUGGCUGCUGAAAACUCCGGGAAGAAAGAUGCUAAGAAAGUUAAAUCAUGAACUUGGGAAAUGAGUUCAAAAUGUAAAGCUGCCUCUUUCUUCAUCUACAAGUAUUAAUUGCCAACUUCUCUGUAUUCAUGGUACUCACCCACAAAUCCCUUGGCUUAAUUUUGCAAAUUUGUAUAUUUUACAACAUCUUUCUUUACCUAGAAUGUGUAGCUUUAUAUUUUAUGCAUUCCAGUAUUUUUGUGUACUGUAUUUCGUGAAUUUCAUGUCUUCAGCAAAAUUCACUCAGUCCUUGUUUUUUUAAGCUUGUGCUGAGGUUUUAGCUUUUAUAUGUUUUAUAUGCUGCUGCUUUGAAAGAAAACCUAGAUUCUAUAGCUGUAUUGUUGUUUCAUAUUUUAAAUUUAUAUGGCUGUGGGAAAAUAAACUGAAUUAAAAGUAUUUGCAGAGAAAUAUACUUCACCUUGGUUUUCCCUCCCCUCUCUUUUCUGCGUAGCCACUCUUAAAGUGAAUGUUAAGGUUUGCAUAAUUGUGCCUUCAUCAUCAGUCAGAUUUUCUUCAGAGUACAUAGAUAGGAGCAUGACAAAACAAAAUCUAAUGAGGCUGACGUCCUUGUUUGGUGUCAGAAUUAAAUGGGCGUUUUCUCAGAAAUACUCAGAAGGAAAUGCUGGAGAUAAUUUUUAUUUUUUUUUCCUAAUCACUGAUUUCUAUUAGGCUGCAUGUGUGCUUAAACACAGGAUGAGGUGCUUCUUGGAAUGACCUUUAGAUUAAACCUUUUCUAUGCCUAAUGAAUGAAAGUGCACAGCUAAUAGCUUCUUUAAGUAGCAAACAAAAUAAUUUGUCUUUGGUUGGUAGGCUGCUCAGAUGCAUUGCCUUGUGCUGGAAGAUCUGUUGCUGUAAUUAGCUCUUAACUUCCUCCUUUUACCUUUGAUUCAACAUGUCAGUCAGAAGCAAUGGGGAUAUGCUAUAGAGUGCUCCUUUUUAGUAUUUCCAUUUUAAUGAGGGGAUGAAAGUGUUGGAUGUACCUUUUCUUGACUUUGUGAGAAUGGCCUUUAUUAGGCAGGUUCAUAGUUUCUGCUCUCCUUAGAGUCUCUGCUUUUCCCAGAUAAGUAGAACAGUGACUGUGACAUGUAAUGUUUUACUUUAAUCUUCUGUCUCUGAUCUGGUGUUUAGUAUGGACCUUGCCACAGUGAGACAUGCCCUUAUAAUGUCAAGUCUAGAUUAAUGCAGUGUGCUUUACAUGGUACCUUCCUUGAAGACAAUGUGUACAUUUCUUCUAGUGCAGUUUGCUUCCUUCAUGAGUGGUUUGAGAUGAUAACUUUGCCUUGUAUUUCAUGCUUUUGUUGGCUACUUCUGAAUUUUGUACAACUUAGACUUUAAUAAAAACUGGUUGAGUUCUAGGACAGAGUUCUGUCCACAUUUUCAUGUUAAUUAAAGUCUCUUGGAAUGUGUCUGAAGUUUUCUGGGAUUAAUGUCUGUAAACUUGAUGAGUAAUUUCCAGUCUUUCCUCAUGGUCUGCAUAGAAGGUUUUGCACAAAAAUGAAUGUGGUGGUUUGGCUGGGCACUUUCAAAGAUACUAUUCUUUCGAUUGCCUUUUGUAUUUCAGAGUAGAGUUUUUGUUCAGGGACAAAUUCAUUUAUUGUUUGUACUGGGCUUUCAUUUGUGAGACUUGUAGUUUAACAGAGUAUUUAUCUGUUGAGAGCUCUCUUGAGUUGAGAGCUAUGCCUAAUAAUGAUGAUGGGUCACAGCCUUCAGACAGAAGGCUAACGAUGGGUGUCAGCGUACUUUAAAGUGAGUAUGCAACCACGGUGGGAUAGGGUGCAUAUGGAAAAGGAUGGCUUUCCAAAUACUAUUUCUGGUAUCGGAGUAGUCAGCAUCCUAUUUUGUCCUUGGCAGGAGGACAUCUAGUGUAAUUAUGGUCUGUAAAUUGUUUUGCAGCUACAUACAUAUAAAUCACAAAUCUCUGGAGCGUUGCUAUUAAUAGAGGAAGAUGCCUUAUUUAUAUUUGCUUUUCAGAUCCUAUGUCACUCAGUAACUUUAUUGCCCAAAGUUAUAAAAACAAGUAAAAAGAGGAAGGGAAAUAAAUGCUGGAAGAGCCAAAUGAAUUUUUUACUUAAUUAUAUUGGCUGGGGUAGACCCUGCUACUACUUAGCAUUAAAAAUAUUACCUGAUUAUGCUUUAAGUCUUAAAAUACAUGAAGCCUGUUUUUCUGGUUAUUGGCUUUGUUACACUUGUAUGUUCUUGUGUAUCUGGUUUCUCUGUAUUAUUUGCAAAGUAUAUGGAAAGCUUUAAAAUGGUAAUAUUUCAACUUGUUCUUUUACGCAGACUUCUUGGUUUUGGUUACCUCCAAGUUAAUACUCACUUCUCCUUCAGUGACAUGAUACAGUAGCUGUAUAGCACAAGAUCAUGCAGUCCUCCUUUCAGAUAUUAUCCUCUUGAUCAGACAGCUUCUCUGAAGCAUGAUAGAUACUCCCAGGAAAUAUCUGUUAUCUCUUACAGACUGUGGUUCCUAGUUAAACUAAAUGUGCUGUUGAACAACAGUCCUUGAGAGCACUUGUAUACUGUAUACUAGUUCCUCAGCAUAUUGAGUCUUCCUAUUCGUCAUGUCCCACAGUGAUAACUAAAGAAAAUAGCUAUCAGCUGCUGGUCAGGAUUAAAUUAAAAUGGAUCUUUCUUUUCCUUUUCUGUUCUUCUAGUUGUAGGUAUACCCACAAUAUGUGUUUAGCAGAGUCUGAACGAUAUGCUGCUGUGGCUCAAAGUUAGGUGGACUGAAAUAAAGGAAUCACUUACUUUUAACUAUUUUUAUCUUAGAUGACGAAUACUGCCUGUAAGACAUUGGUAAGCACAUAAUGUAAUGUCACACAAAGAGCUCCUGAAAAUCCUGGGCCUUCAGACGAUUGGAUAGUUGUUGAAGAAAUAUGAUAUGAAAGGUUUGAAAGUAAUUUCUUGUCUCCUCUUGAGUGCACAACUAAAAUUUGAUGAUGGUUGUGUUGGGGUUGAAGGAAGUAAUGCAGCAAUCAUCUUGCACUUCUCAAAGUGCACAUAACCUCCUUGGAGAGGUCACAACAGUUCUGCUGGCUUUUUCAGAUACUCAUUGUUUUCAAGUUAUCCACCCUUUAUUUUUGAGUUAUGUUUAUGAUGAUGAUAAAUCUACAUGGCUGAAUCUUCAUUGUUUUUAAUUUCAGUUUCUCAUAAUGGCAUCUAGAAGGAAGGGUUUUCUCCCUACUAGUAAUGUGAAACCAUCUUUAGAUGCCAUUUGAACAAGUAGCAUCGCUGUGCUAAAACAAAUAUCUGAAUAGAUACUGUGCAUGAAGUGCUCUUCUGAAAAGAAUAGCUGCUCAUUAGAGACUGAGACACCUCAUUCGUCGACAACAUAUUUGCUGCUUAGUGUUUUAAUGUUGUUCAACAGGUAAGGGGCCGUGCCUCAAUGUAUUGGCGAAUGUAUUAAUCACUUUGUGGCAGGGGCAAGCUAGACCACUCUAAUUGAGUGAUACCACUGAUCAGUUAAUUCUUUCCAACUGUGUUUGACUUAAAAGCCUGCUUUGGUUGCAUGUGGGGAAACCGCGUGUACUUUAUGCCAUCAGCCCUCUGCUUCAGUCCUCCCCUCUAAAUAAAACUUGAGCUGAUGUGGUGCCUGCUUACUUCUUGCUGUGGUUGGAAAUCCCUGGUGUCCUCACACAGUUUUUAAUAUGAGGAUUAGUAUUUUUCAUUCAGUACCUUGUUCCCUGUCACUGGAGGUCGUUGGCUGUCUGAUCCAGAUAGGAACAUCCCUGGGUGCUACUACCCUUCUCAGAGCUGCUUGUAGCUCUCCUGCUUGGCAUGUGUGACUCACCAGAGCUUGAGUUCAAGCAGCCCUGUUGACCAUCAACUGAUGCCAGGCUGUGCUGCUGAACGGUGCUUCCAUGGCUGCAAAAAUGGAGAAGAAAUGUGAGUUGUGGGUUAUUACUGUCACUUGAAAUACUGGUUGGUGUUUGGAUUGUAGGGCGGUCAAGUCUCUGUAAUGAACAGAGGUGCAUGGAUACGUGAGAUGUGCUCAAUAAAAAUGUGCCUCUGAGUUGAGAGGAAGGUUUUGCAUCCAAGCCUUAAUUCAAAUCCUGCUGGGCUGGCUGAUAUCGUGGAUAUUUUCAUGAGGAGGCUCCUUGGAAACCUGUCCAAAUUAACAGAUUGGGAUCUUGGCAGGAUUCCGAGCUGUUGUGUGAGGGCUGCUCUCACAGCGGGCCUCUCUGCUAACAUUGGAAAUGAGGAGGGAAAAGGUUGGGUCUUCAAAACAAUCACCUGUGCCAGCCUGGGGUGAGAGCUGUGCUGGGAAACUUGGUGUGCAAUGAUCUGGCAAGUGGUGGUGAAAUCUCUGUUUUAUUGGUAAAAAAACUGAAAAUUAAAGUAAAGCCACUAUAACUGCUGCUGGAAGUUAACUCAGUGCUGAGGUGCUUGCUGCUUUUUUUUUAGAUUUGUCUUAGCAAGGCCGUAGUCCUGCAAUCUCCUCCCAGUUGGCCAGUCCUUACCAAAAGUACCCACAGUAUGCAUGGAUGGUGGCCAUGAGGGGUGAGCUGGGUGGCCCUUCCUGCUCCAGGCCUAACUUGCAGGCCUCUGCCUGCUUCAGCUGCUGGUGGAUGAGGUGCUCCUUGUGCCCACCUGCAUUCCCCUGCAGCAGAGGCCUCUGCCAAAAAGCAGCUAAACAUGCCAGUGUCACUCUGUGUGCUGCAGGACUGGGCUUCAGUGACUUGCUGUUAGAAUUGUUGCUGGAAUUAAAAACAAAAAAACACCACCACCUACCCUUUCAGAUCAGUGUUUCCAGAACACUUUAUAGCUUCUAUGGAUAUGUACCUCAGAAAUGAUUUUAAUUAUUUACAUUACAAAGUAGGCUUUGAAAUUCACCUUUUGAUGAUUCCCAUUGCUUGAAUGCUCAUGCGGAUGAGGUACAAGAAGUUUCCUUUGUUCAAACAUCAACCCUGGAGAUUCAACCUUUCCCUUCCAUACUGAAAAAGAAAUUUAAUUUUUGCCUUUUUGGUAUUCUGUGAUAAUUAACUCCUCCGUGUGCUGUAUCUUAUCAUUGUACAGGCCUGAAGAUUUUGUGCUAGUAACAAAAGGAAAAUCAAUUGCAGCAAAUACAGUUGUUGCCUUCUUAUUAGGUUAUGGUAUUCAAUGCAAAUUAAUGUUUUGAAUUUGUUGUCAGUCAAUAGGUACAAUUAUUGAUUUGAGACUUAUGAGGUAAAAAGUGAAUAAAUAAGUUUUUGACUUUGUUUUUGCAGCAUGAGAACAUGGCCAAGUUUAUUGAGCUCCAAGUUAUUUUGUGGUGAACCUUGAAGCAGAACCAGAGACUAUUUAUUUUUUGGAUGCUAAUGGAAUUUUCUUAAAAAACUGACUGGCACGUGUUCCAUUUUAGGAGCGUAUUCAGGGACCUGAAAAGUGAGAGUUGGCUGUCUGAACACCAGUCCUGAUUUCAUCCAGUCUUCCAUGGGAACUCCUCUUGGGUACAAUGCUUUUAAGUGUGGUUUUGUGCCUCUGGUGUAGAUGUGCUUGGUUGCAGAUGCUGGUAGAGCCAUCACAGGCAGAGGGAACGACCCUCACAUGCCAUCACAUUUGCUUGAGCAUUUCUUUACAGGGAUCCUUACAAGCAGAAGCUUUGAUGGAUGGGUGAGAAAUCAGCUAAAACCAACUGAAAAACAGGGUGCAGACAGAUCAUCAGAUUUUCUGGUAAUAAAAGCACCAAGUUCUGUACGCAGUGGCAAAGCUUGUUUUUCUCUCGUGCUUAGCAUUUUGUUUCAACAAUAAAGGUGAUUUGAAUUGGAAGGGCAGGUACAAUGGUGUUUAAAAAAAGACUGAAUUUCUGGCAGAAGCAGAACACAGGCAUCAGUUGUUUGCUGUAAGAUUUAUGGUAUUCUGUGCAUUGGUAAUUUACUUUUUUAUUUCCUUACUGCAGAGCUACAUCCAACCCUAAUGGUCUUUCUGUAUUGACCGAUUGCUGCAGUCACUUUGUUUAACAAUCCCUAUUCUACUCUGUUGAUUUGUGUACAAGACAUGUCUAAUAAGGGCUCCCUAGAGCCAGACGUUACCUAAAGCAAACGUUGCUGACUCUCAAUUUUUGUACUGAUCUCCAUCAUUCUGCAUCAGAUGCCUUGCUGCAUGUUGCCCCCUCAUUCAUUUUCUCUGUUUGCAGAGUCACAUAAACAUUUAUGUUCUGUGUGGAGUGUUUGAGGUUCACUGUAGUCUUAGGUGUAGAGGUAGAAAAUUAGGAUUGUGAAAUUCACUUGAAAACAGGAGCACGGCGUUAUCAAGUUGUACUUGGUGAAGAAAAUGACUCAGUGUCUUCCAUAUGGCUAUUCUGAGGUACAGAACUCUUUAGAAAAGGAUAUUUGGUGGCAUUCGACUAUCCUGAAGUCUACCUGAUUUACUUAUGUUUACCUCCAGCUUUCUCAGUGCAUCUGCCUUUAGAAUCCUGUGCAUGGGCUGGCUGCAUCAUUCUUGAAAAAUACACAUCUCUCAUGCACAAAUCGGUUGGUACCAUGUUGAAAGUAGGCUGUCUGAAUGUGGUCAGAAAGUCUUCAUCAGCAGAGGAAACUAAAAGUAACGUGUAGUUAAUUACAUCUAUUAAAAAAAUAGGUGGAAAAUAUUCUUUUCCCCUCAACAGAAAUUAAACCUUUACAAUAAGACAUUCCAAUAGUUUUGAGUGGUUGCUGUAUUCCUUGCUCAUGUCUAGAUGCUCCUGAACUAGACUAGAUGAGGCAACCUAAAACAUUCAUCAGCCUGUCAGUCAGAGCCUGUCUGCGUGUGCCAGGGGGGCUGGAGAGCUAAGGAGAGCCUGCUUUGCAGUUAAUGCAGUACAGUGUGUUUGUGUUGACACACAGCUUUGAUAAGACUGUUGGUGAAUUACUUCCUGCUUUUUUUGAAGUCAUUUCUCAGGGAAGGAAGGUGCCUAGAACCUAAGAUCGGCAGCAUUGCUAGCUUGCCUAUGUACUCAGUUUGUUUUUGAUUUAGCUUAGAGGCCUUCUUUGGAAGGUUGCUGUAGAACUGAUUGUUCUCAUUGGGAAUUAGCUGUAGUAAUAAAAGUUGUGAAAUUACAGUAUUUUUACUGCUCUCAUGGAUUUAGGUCAAUGCCUUUAAAAAUAGACCAGAAAGGAAGGAGAAGAGUUGAUUGAAGACUUUGUACCCUUGAUCAAAUGGAAGCAGAACCUGGCUGGCAGGAAGCCUAUUAGAAUAAAAGACAAAAUAAGACAGUCAGUUUUGUCAGAUGGGGACCACGUUCCUGCUGGAGAUCUGCUGUGAUUGAUGUGAAUCCUCUGAAGUCGCUGGAGGUUAUAAAUAGUAGGUCCUGUGCAAAGACUGUGGGUUAUGUCUGUAUCUUAGAUAGCUAGAAAUAGAUAUAGAUACCUUGUCAAAAAUUCAGUGGCAUCAUAAGGAAAAGUAUAUAUGAACAGAUCUAUCACAAUACUGAGCUCAGUAGAUGCUUCUCCUGCAGAAGCAAAGUUGGGGAGGGUAUCUCCAAGGGUUGCUACAUUUAUCAAAGAGAAAAAUGAAGACAGCAUCUUCCAGUUUACUAGUCAUCUAAUAGUCAUCAAAAAGACCACACAACUUCGUUUAGUAUGAUUUUUUUUUUUGGCAGCUAACAUUUAUCUGCUCACUCAGAGCCAUCUUAUGUUCUGUCUUAUAAAGCUUGGCAAGUGCUAUCGGCCUUCUCUAGACCGCUUUUGGUACUACCUGGCCUCUUUCAUCUUCUUGGCUCUAUUAUUUUGUGACUGGGACUGUCUUUUAUUCUUCUUGUGUAGUGUCUACUGCCCUUGGCCAGGAUCUGGGCUGAUGUCAUCACACUUCCUAAAGAAGAGACCCAAGAGCUCACCGGAGACCCAAAAGCAGAUCAGUUCCUCUUUAUUGCAAGCACUGCUCCUCAAGUCGAGCAAAACUGUACUCAGUACUCAAGGUGAAGAUGGUACCAGUGCACAGCAGAGUGGGACAAUCCCUUUCCUCGGCCGGCUGGCAGCACUGGGCCUGAUGCACCCCAGGGUAUGGUUAACUCUUCUGGCUGCCAGGGCACGCUGCUGGCUCAUGUUCAACUUGCUGCCAACCAGAGCCCCCAGAUCCAUUUCUGCAGUGCUGCUCUCCGGUUCCGUGUUGCCCCUCCGUCCACCUGCACAUAGAGCCAGGCCUGCCCCAUCCUGGGGGCACAAUCCAGCACUAGGUCUUCAUGCAGAUGAUGACAGCCCUUGAUUUGUGACAGUCUUGAUGCAAGGCCUCUCUACCCUCAAGGAAGUCAAUGCUCCUCCCAGUGUAGCAUCACAUGAGCACGCUGUUAUUUAAUAGAACUUUCACAUCUUUAUUGGAGUCAUGGAUGAAAACGUUACUGGUUUGAAAUGGAAGCCUGCAGAACCCCCCUAGCGGCACCAGGGCAACGCAGGGGCCAUGGGCCCCCUCGCCCAGCGGUUUGUUUGGGGGUUGUCAUGGGACAUUCUUAGGGUCUUAGGCUCUGUGAUCUCAUGACCGCCUCCCUCCUGGACCCCUAUAAAUACGGGGACCCGGAGCCCAGAACUCUGUUGGUCUUCGACCUGCGCCUUGCCUGCCAGAGUCCUCUGAGACAAGGAGCAACUUUCAAGUUUCCUUCCCACCCGUGGCGAGAGCUGUGGUGGAGGGGGAUGGUUCCCUUUCCACCGAGGAAGCGCCGCCGGCGGGAGAGCAGCAGCGAGCCGGAGCCCGAGCCCAUGGAGAUCGACCCCGUGGAGAGCGACGUCGAGCCCAUGGAGGUGGACCUACCUCCCGAGGAGGAACCGAUGGAGGUGGAUCCGCCUCCACCGGGGCUGGGCAGGCACUAUAAGAUCAUGCUUGCCCGUCGACGUCGCUGGCUCCGGGAACGGCGCUCCAGGGGCUCUCGCUUUUCAUCUAGGCGUUGACGAGUCAGCAUCCGCCCGAGAGCCCCUGCUGCUGCUCCCCGCCCCCCUUUCCUUCCCCAGGACCUCUCCCCUCUUCUUUCCCGAGCUCUGAGGACAAGGACUGGCACUGGCACAGGCGUCCUGAGCCGCUGCGCCAGGACAAGCGGAGGAGCACGGCCUCGCAGUGAGCCCUGCGGAAGAGGGCCGGCCUGGGACUGGUGUCCUCUGAGGAGCUGCUCCCAACAGCAGGAGGACAGCGAAGGGCCCCGCGCGCCCUGCGGCCUCCAGGCAGCGUGAGAGAAGCUACAGAAGCGGCUGUUGCUCUGGGGGAGCGGGAGACUGUGCAUGGGACGCGAAGAGGGAAGGGCUGUUCCAGGUGCUCCGUCAGGACUCUGUUUCCAGGAAGGCAGGACAAGGAACAACAUAAAGACAACGACCAAAGAAUCUUGAACAAUAAAACGGCAAACACAA